UUAGAACUAGUGAAACGUAAAGUUAUGGUCCUGGACCUUGAUGAAACUUUAGUUCAUUCUCAUCAUAUUGGGUAUGCCUACUCUUUGAUUGGAUCCAAUAACUCUCCUAUGAUGGCACCGGAUUUUGUAUUAACUUUAUGUAUUGAUAAACAACCAGUUAAGUUUUUCGUUCAUAAAAGACCACAUUUGGAUUAUUUUUUGGAAGUAGUUAGCCAAUGGUAUGAUCUAGCGAUUUUUACUGCGAGUAUGGAGAUAUAUGGCUCAGCUGUCGCCGAUAAGCUUGAUCUCAAUCGAGGCAUCUUAAAAGAUAGAUACUAUAGACAGCAUUGCACUUUUUCAUUUGGCAGCUAUAUGAAAGAUCUUAGUAAUGUCCACCCUGACUUAUCGGAUGUUUUUAUUGUCGAUAAUUCUCCUGGUGCUUAUCGAACUAAUCCAGAAAAUGCAAUACCAAUUAAGUCAUGGUUUUCAGAUCCCACAGACACUGCAUUACUCAACUUAUUACCCAUACUAGAUGCUCUUCGAUUCACCACAGAUGUCCGAUCUGUUUUAAGUAGAAACUUACACAGCCGUUGGUAA